CUGUAUUGUGUUUUUUGAGGGGAGUGUCCACUCAUCUCCACUUCUACUUAAGUGAGCCGCAGACAGAUCCUUUCUCACAUCGUAUCAGAGGACUGUAUUAAGUAGCGUCUUGGAAAAUGACGCAGCCAAGAAGUGUUGUGGUUUUAUUCUUAUUCUGCACCUGGGUUGCUUUUGCCCAAACAGGCAGUGUUUUCCAAAUCUAUCAUGAGAACGAGGGAAAAUGUCUAGCGGUGAUGAACGACGGCAAGUUGCAGCUGUCUAACUGCAACCGAAACUCUAUGUACCAGAAAUUCCUCUGGGGGUCACAGCACCGCAUAUACAGCGUCAACGUGCAACGGUGUCUGGUCGUGAAUGAUAAUGUCAACUGGGCGACUGUAGCGCUGAAAGUGUGCAACGAAAACGAGGAGUUACAGAAAUGGGAAUGUAAGGAUGACACCUUCGUGGACCUGAAAGAUAAACGCUUACACCUGCACUACAAAACCUCCGUCCCAGACAACCUGCGUGUCUGCAAUGACUCGGAAUGCACAAGUAAAUGGAGAAUUUAUGGGACUACGGAGAACAUCUGCUCACAACCGCAAGAAGAUCCGUUUACCAUUUUUGGGAAUUCUGAGGGGAAGCCUUGCAUGUUCCCCUUCAAAUAUGAGAACAGGUGGUACACAGAGUGCACGACAAACGGCAAGGCCAGCGACGAGCAGUGGUGCGCUACGGUCACUGACUAUGACAGUGAUCAGAAGUGGGGGUUGUGCCCAUCGAAAUCUACCAAGCUCUGGGUCCAAAACUCAGUAACUCAGGAUUGGUACCUGAUCAAUCCUAGUGCUCAGCUGAAAUGGCAUCAAGCCAGGAUGAGCUGCAGACAGAUGGGGGCAGACCUACUGAGUAUCCUCGAGCCUCAUGAGCAGAACUUAAUCUCAGGACUGACCCAAAGCCAGAGUUCUGCCGCCCUUCUUUGGAUCGGCCUAAACAGCCUGUCGUCUGGAAAUGGCUGGCAGUGGGUUGAUGGGAGACCUUUUCGGUACUUAAACUGGGGUCCUGGGUACCCAUCUUCUACUCCUGGGCAUAACUGCGGCAUCAUGAACACGGCGAGAGCAUCCUUCUGGGAGACCAGCUUCUGCUCGCAGGUCAUGGGGUAUAUCUGCCACAGAUCAGGCUCCAGGGGAACUCCCACCGUUCAUCCAGCAGACGGGAACUCCUACAGAUGCCCCAAGCCAUGGCUAACAUAUCGGGACCAGUGCUUUGACCUACGGCGCUUGAAGAAGGUGUGGAAGGAGGCUUUGGCAGAGUGCCGCAGAGACGGAGGCGACCUCGCCAGCAUCCACGACAUUGCAGAGCAAGACUUCAUCAUUUCACAGCUCGGAUACCUUCCGACAGACAAACUGUGGAUUGGCUUAAACGACCAGAAGAUCCAACAGCUGUUCGAGUGGAGCGACGGCUCCGCGGUUACAUUCACCAAGUGGGAGCUGGGUGAGCCGUCCCACUUCUCCGUCCUAAAGGAGGACUGUGUGCUGAUGAGAGGGGAGGAAGGGAAGUGGGCAGACGACAACUGCGAGAAUGAUUUUGGGUUCAUCUGUAAGAAAAAGGCUGAAGUUGUCCCUGGGGGGUUGGUAACCACAGCUCCAGGCUGUACCGAGGGCUGGACCAGACAUGGGUCAUUCUGCUACCAGAUAGGUUCAGAAGAAAAAACCUUUGAAGAUGCGAACCAGGAUUGUUUGAGGAAGGAUUCUCAUUUGAUUAAUGUUGCGAACAGGUUCGAGAAUGCUUUCCUCACUAGCUUGGUGGGAAUGAGACCUGAGAGGUAUUUCUGGAUUGGACUGUCUAACAAGGAGCAGAAAGAAACUUUUGUAUGGACCAACUCCGCAAACGUCAGGUUCACGCACUUUGGGCCAGGAAUGCCAGGUCAGCAGCAGGGUUGUGUUGCCAUGACGACCGGUACCGCCGCUGGCCUAUGGGAUGUGUUGAGUUGUACCAGGGGGGAAAAAUAUAUCUGUAAGACUUUGGCUCAAGGGGUGGAGCCAACGACUGCCCCGCUCACCACAGUGCCGGCCAGAUGCGCUGAUGGCUGGACACCUUUGGGGGCGAGGGAUUUCUGUUAUAAGGUUUACGAAAGAUUAUGGGAUGGUAAGAAGACGUGGUUUGAGGCUCAGGAAUACUGCAGAGCCAUCGGGGGUGACCUUGUCAGCAUUCAUAGUGAACUGGAUCUUUCACAACAGAGUCAUUCAGACUAUGAUGACACGGAUGAUUAUUUCCGCCUUUCAAGACCCUGGUCAUGGCGCCACACAGCUUGGAUCGGUUUCAGCGCUCUUGAUCCUACUUCCGGAUUUGUGUGGAGCGACGGAUCCGCAUCCGCCUUUGAAAACUGGGACACCGAAGAGCCCAACAACUACAACGGAGUAGAGCUUUGUGGGGAAAUCUAUUCGUACAAUUUAAAGUGGAACGACCGCCACUGUGAGAGCCUCAGCAGUUGGAUCUGCCAGAUUCACAAAGGUGUGACCCCAAAUCCUGCGCCAACUGACAGCCCACCAGCAUACAACAAGACAGAGGACGGCUGGAUCAUUUAUAAUGGCUCAGAGUACUACAUUAACCACAACCUUCAUUCGAUGGAAGAAGCCAGAGAAUACUGCCGGAAGCGGAGUGGUGAUCUCGUCGUCAUAAAUGGCGAAAGUGAGAGGGUCUUCCUCUGGAAAACGAUCGUCCAGACAGAAAGAGCUUUUUGGAGAUCCAGUGAAUAUUACAUUGGCCUGACCAUUGACCUUGACCAGUCCAUUCAGUGGAUGGAUGGAUCACCCACGGUGUUCUUGGCCUGGGACAAAAACGAGCCUGGGUUUGCCAAUUACGAUGAAAACUGUGUGGUCAUGACUUCUGGGAUGGGGUUCUGGAUGAACACUAACUGUGGCAGGCCCACGCCUUCUGUGUGUAAGCGAGCCAGUGGGUCCCCCCCCAACGCCACUCUGGCCCCCCCCAUGAGCAAGGGAGGCUGCAUGCCUGGAUGGACCCACUUCGAUGGAAAAUGCUACAGGUUCUUCGGGAAGAACUCAGAUGAGCAGAAGUCGUGGCAAGACGCCCGGAACCACUGCAUCGUAAAGGAAUCCAGGUUGGCUUCCAUCCUUAGUGAAGAAGAACAAGCAUUUCUGGUCAGCGAGUUGAUCGACACGCCCGUGGACAUGUGGAUCGGCCUGAACUCGCAGAACAGAGACUCUCGUUUCCUGUGGAGCGAUGGGAAACGUGUCCAGUACCUGAACUGGGCCCAGGGACAUCCCUAUAAUCUUCCAUGGAUGUUCCACCAUGGAGAAGUUAUAGAGAAUGAAGACUCCAAAUGCACACUAUUGUCCAGACAUCUGGAAAACACGGUGGGGAAAUGGAAAACAGCUUCGUGUUUGCAGAUCCACGGCUUCAUCUGCAAGAAGGACUCUGGUAUGCUCUCUCUGGGACAGACGAGAAAACAUGGAGGGAUUAGGCUUCACUUUCUCUGGACUGGCUGUCUGGUCUUCAGAUUUGACUCUCUGGUGCAUCUUUCACUGACACACUUUCACAUCUGCCAUUAAACUCCCUCUUUCACUCUGCCAAGUGCUAAGUACCAUAAAAGCAGCAUCAG